UCGUUGUGCGCCCCCCCCUUGCUUGCCCUUUCUUUCCCUGUUCUGUUCACUCCUUGGAUUCUCUGUGCCUAGAACGCCAUAAUAUUCUACUCUUCUUUUAACACAUCCGUUCCUUAUUCCCUUUCCCCCCUCGUCAAAUGUCGUGCAUACAUGGUCUGUCCUGGCCGCUACUGCCUGUCGUUGGAGCCUCAUAGCGGAACUUUUAUGCGUGUCGAUCAAACCGGCUCUCGCUACCCUCUCCUCUUCACUCUUUCGUUUGGAUCGGAUCAUCGGCCUCGUCUCGCAUUCCCCUUACGGUCCAUGGAGCAUCACGUCGCCGACAUGACGCUGGAGCUCCUGACCGGCCACAAUCGACGGGCAAAUUCGAGAGACCGGCAACGGCGUUCGGAGUCGUCUACCCCGUCAUGGACACUAUCGAAUUCCGCCUCCUCGCACUCGGGCCCUACCGGCAACACUACCGAAGACCCAUUUCCAACCGUGUCGAUGUCAUUUAACGGGGGCGACGAUCGUACACUAUUUCACCAUGGCUACGGCCAACAAAACACUGACUCGGGGCUAGCCCCGGGCCCUGGGUCCGAUGACGGACGUACCGACAUACGCACCUCAUUCGACAGCGCGCCUUCAGCCGUAUCGCUCGGCCAUUCACAUGGAUCCGCACACAUCUCUCUCCACAGAGUUCCCGAGACCGAAACCCUAAGGAGGUUGACAGCCAUGCCUAUCCGACGAACAUGGAAGUGCCGGCCCGAUAAAGAAGAGGUGGACCUGUCCGAAGACAGCGGGGUGGAGGCCAUCAUGGUAUACGAACGAGGCAAGGUGCAGAGGGGGCCACAGCAGUGUCCGCGCUGCCGACGAGGCCAAGGCGUCUCCCCCGAGUGCGUCAAGAUCAGCGACAUCCGCGACGGCACUUGCAGCAACUGCCUGGCCGCGCGGGCGCUGAGUCUCGCACGCGCACGCGCACGCGCACGAGCUGGCGCGGGAAUGGGGGGCCCAGGUGGUGCCGCCGCGGCCUCCGCGAGCACGAAUCCGAGCCAGCACCACCGGAGCUACUCGCCCGAGAAGCAACACCUCCUUUCGCAGUCGGCCGCCAUGUCGCCGUCGGUACCGCAAGAGGACCUGGUCGCAGUGUGGAACGUCAUCGUCGGCGUCCUCUCGAGACAGCCCCGCGACCUGGACUACUGCGCCUGCUUCACCGACGACGACGACGACGAGGACGACGAGACCCUGACGCCGGCGCGACGGAUUGAAGAUGCCGCGCUGUUGGUGGCGCGGUCGGCGGACGAGUGGGGGCAUCUCAUCGAGGAACAGGAGGACAGGGAGGGCCACGCCCCUUCCACAGCAUCGGCAUCUUCAUCCUCGUCAUCGCGCCGGGCGUGGAGGACCGAGUCUGAGAAAGCCAAGCUGAUGAGGCAGGCUGUUCGGAUACGAGAGACGGCCUUGCGCAUCGCUACCUGCGCGAGGACUUGGAGGGAGAAGCAAAAGCCGACGUGAAGGAACAGUUGCAUUUACGAGAAAGCGAGCGUUCAUCCCCAUGAUACGAAGUACAUGAAGUACACGCGGGGCUUGAUGGUCGAUGACGGCGGGACAGAGUGAGGGCCCCACCUGCCGACUUGUUUCUGGGAAGCAAAGGACGGAAGAGUUGAAGCUACUUAGCAUACACAACGCUCCGUUUCUUAGAGUCUCGGGGUGUGAUGAGGUGGGCCCCAGGGGUCAUUGUUAUUUCGGGUUGGUUUCUUAACGAUUCUCCCCAGUUCAGGCAACUAUUCGGUCAUCUAUGAAGACAUGAAAGCGAGUCGGCUUGGUUAUGGCGUCGAGG